AUGAAUUCACAACCCGAAGUAAUUUUUGGUUGUGACUGGAUCUUCCGUACUAAUUUUGUACUCAACUCCAGCCAUGCAGGUCGCCAAAUCGAAAUUGUCUCCACUUCUAAGCCCACGACCCCAUUGCCUCACAUCAAACGCAUCGCGCCUUCUCUUCCACCAAUCUAUCAACAGUACGCGUCGUUAUUCACAACCACAGUGAACACAGUACCCGAGCUUCGGGAAUCUCAUAAUCACUCCAUCCCUUUCAAGGACAAUCCUACCUAUCAUAAGAGCAAAAGUUAUCCUCUUUCCGCACAGGAACGCACAAUCCUCAAGGAGUAUAUUCAAACAAACCUUAAAAAGGGCUUUAUUCGGGAAUCACGUUCCCCUCUGGCGUCGUCCAUUUUCUUCGUCAAAAAGAAACAUACCAAAGAAAAACGUCCCAUAAUCGACUAUCGUCGAGUUAACAAUAACACUAAACCGUGUCCUUCACCAAUUCCGCUUAUAAAGACACUGUUGCAUCAAGUCAGCAAAGCCAAGAUAUUCACUCGUCUAGAUCUGAAGGAUGCCUACAAUCAAAUCCGCAUCACACCCGGUGAUGAAUGGAAAACAUCCUUUGUCUGCGAAUAUGGACAAUUUGAAUAUACGGUUAUGCCGUUCGGACUAUCUGGUGCUCCUGCGACCUUCCAGGCAUUUAUUCGCCACGUCCUUGGUGAAUUGUGGGACAAAUUCGCGGUUGCCUAUUUAGAUGACAUCCUCAUCUACUCAGAAGAUCCAGCAGAACAUCCUGGCCAUGUCAUGGCCGUUCUGGACAAGAUCAAAAAGUACCAUCUAGCCCUGAAACUUUCCAAAUGCGAAUUUUCCGUUACAGAAACGGACUUUUUGGGUCACCAUCUCAUGGUCGGCCAAAUUGGUAUGCAGAAGGAGAAAAUUCAAUCACUCAACGAAUGGAAAUCCCCUUCUACCCAGCGCGGCGUCCGCAAAUUACUGGGUUUUGCCAAUUUCUACCAUGAAUUUAUUGACCACUAUGCCGAUAUUAUCGCUCCACUCCUUCCAUUACAGGAGAAGUCCACUAAACGUUUCCAGUGGACACCAACUCAUGAACAGGCGUUUCAAAGCCUUAAACGCGCUUUUAUUUCCGAACCUCUUCUUCAAAUGUUCGACGAGACGCGCGAGACACGUAUCCAUACCGAUGCAUCAGGAGUGGCUAUCGCUGCCGUCCUUCAACAAUUCAAUCCAGUUGACAAACGUUGGCAUCCGGUAGCCUACUACAGCCGCAAACUUCGCGGCCCAGAAAUCAAUUGGGACACUCACGAUCGCGAACUCUUAGCAAUCGUUGUGGCUACUGGUAAAUGGAAACAUUUUAUCCUUAGCCGCACCGAGCCUACAACAGUUCAUACCGACCACAAGAAUCUAACUUACUUCACCACGAAAAGGGCGCUUUCACCUCGUCAAGCUCGAUGGGCCUCCCUUUUGGGUGAACUUCCCAUCCAAAUUGCUUAUAUUCAGGGACAUCUAAAUGUCGCGGCGGAUAUUCUUUCGCGUCCCGAUGAUGUCAGAAAACCUCCGCGCGAGGUCGCACCACCCGUUCCCGUUCACCAUAUUCUUCCUGCGGUCCGUCCCCAAACAGUGUCCACCUACACUAUGGACCCUACUUGGCAAACUAAAGUACAUGAUGCUUUAGCCAAUGACAAAAACUGGAGUCCCUUACUGACUCAUUUCGAGAAUCCGUCACAUCCCUUUCCUUCUCAAUUCAUUGAUCGACGCUCCCGUUUAACCUUUGCAAAUGGUAUUAUUUGGUUCGACAAGAAGAUCGUUGUGGGCAACUCCAAUGAACUUCACCUCGCAAUUUUACAACAAUACCACGAUGCUAGUGGACACCCCGGUCACGCUCGAACCCAAAAAGCCAUACUAGAGCGCUACUACUGGAAGGGAAUUCAUGAUUUCAUUCAACGGUACAUCAAUUCUUGCGUUGCUUGCCAGAAGAAUAAGACUCCUCGUCAUAAACCAUAUGGCGAAUUGAAGCCUUUACCAAUUCCGGAAGCGCCUUUUACCGAUCUCACCAUCGAUUUCAUGACUGACUUACCGAAAUCUCAAGGGUACGACGCCAUCUGCGCAGUCGUCGACCGAUACUCCAAGUUCACACUACUUUUUCCCACGAACAAAACCAUUACGGCCCGAGGACUCGCCGAUCUAGUGGUUGAUCGCGUCCUAAAUGUCUUCGGGGCUCCCAAACGCAUCCUUUCGGACAGGGGUCCCCAAUUUAUCUCAGCCUUUUGGAAACAGGCAAUGGCCAGUUUUGGCACCAAAGUCAAAUUAACCACUCCGUACCAUCCGCAAACCGAUGGCCAAACCGAACGUAUUAAUCAAGAGAUUAGCCAAUGGCUCCGUUUCUACAUUAAUUCUCACCAUAACAACUGGUCCAAACUACUCAGUCGUAUUGCGUUCGAUUACAAUAACAAAGUCAAUAAAACUACAGGAUUCACUCCUUCUCAAGUAGUUUUCAACUUCAAGACCAUUUCAGAUCUCAACUAUAGCGCAGCUGACAAUUACGAGGAUCUCAGCAAGAAACUUUUCGAAUAUGAAGAAAUCCGUAACUCGCUCAGCCAAAAUUAUGCCCGUAGCCAGAAAUCUUACAAGAAGUUUUAUGACCGCCACCGCGUCGCCUUCGAAUUCAAUCCAGGCGACUCUGUUCUCCUAUCAACGAAACACCUCAACCUGCCAACUAUUAAACGUAAAUUUUCUCGUCGCUGGAUUGGACCCUUUCUUGUCCAUACAAAGGUCAAUGAAAAUGCGUAUCGUCUCAAUUUUCCUAGUGGAUGGCGUGCAUCCCAAGUCUGGAAUAUUACCGAACUUCGCCCCUUUCAACCUGAUCUUUGCAAUCGUAAACAACCGUUACCGACUACUUCAGAAGACAUCGAUUUCUACUCGAACAAUCCUCUCGGUAUCACCGAGAUUUUACAGGUCAACGGUGACGAUCCUUCGAAUUUUCAAUAUUUAGUGGAGGUCAUUGAGGACGGUUUUCCACAACAUCGUUGGGUACCUUAUUCUAAACUUUCCAAUUACCACGAUUUACUUCUUCUUUUCUACGAGUUCCAUCCCAAGGAACCUAAGCCUGCCGAACUUGACAGUCUAUAUCAGGCCGAAUAA